AUGCCACCUUUAACCGAGACUACAUUGACUUUGCACGAAUCUCUAUGCAAUCAACCAAAUCCCAACAUCAACGCCUCCUACGCUACCAGAGUCGUACAGCAGGAGCAGAUACGCCAAUACUUUUUACAGCUAGGAAUUCAAAAGGGGCACGACCUAGAAAUUGGUGAGGGGUGUGCAGAAACAUCACACCAAGGGAAAGGUACCAGGCCCUCCAGUGCCUCCGUCCAUAGCAACACAGAGAGAUCUGACUUGCCGUAUGACGACGGCGAUGACGCAGAGCAACAAGACCAACAGCAGCAACAACAGAAAGAGAAUUUCGUGUCACUCUCGCACUCCCUAAAACUCUUCAUGCCGCGUCAGCGUGAGAAUCACCAUGAGGAAUCGCAUCAUUCCAACAUGCAGGAUAGUACUCCGCUAGAGCGUUUCGUUACUUUGGAUGGAUGCAGUGAUCCAUCUUAUAUCUCCAGAGUUGCAGUGACUCAGGCGGGUUGCUAUGGCCAUAUGGAGAGCGUAGACGCGCGACAGCGUCAGGCACAGUUAUUGGCAGAGCAAGUGGUGCGAGAUGCGAACGUACAUAGAGGGAGUAGUCCAGAUUCCAUGAGAUACAUUUAG